AUGGAUGCUCAUGAUCAGGCAGUCUCAAAGAUUGCCUCUCAAACUGGAGUAUUCUAUUCUCGCAAAGAGCCGUAUCGGAUUUAUCAUGGAUCAACAAACAGUACACGGAAAUCGCAGUACGAACUUGACCGACUGAUUGAUACUUCUCGGCUCAAUCACGUUCUCAAAGUCGAUACCAACAACAAGACUGCAUUGGUGGAACCAAAUGUUCCUAUGGAUGAUCUAGUUCAAGCGACUCUUCAACAUGGCUUGGUCCCUCCUGUGGUGAUGGAGUUCCCUGGUAUUACUGUUGGUGGUGGAUUUGCCGGGACAGCUGGAGAAAGCAGCUCUUUUCGAUAUGGAUUCUUCGACCGAACUAUCAACUGGAUUGAAAUGGUCUUGGCGAAUGGGGAGAUCACCAAGGCAUCAAGAACAGAAAAUCCGGAUCUCUUUUUCGGUGCUGCUUCUUCAUUUGGUACUCUGGGAGUAACAACACUUCUCGAAAUUCAACUAGUAGAAGCCAAGAGAUACGUAGAGUUGACAUAUCACCCAGUCAAUGGUAUCUCGGAAGCUCAAGAAGUAAUUCACAAAGUUACCAAGGAUACUUCAUUCGAAUACCUAGACGGAAUCAUGUACUCUAAAACACGCGGCAUAAUCUGUGCUGGCAAAAUGACAAACACAAUAUCCGACAGUAACAUCCAAGUCCAAAGGUUUACACGUCCAUACGACCCCUGGUUCUAUAUUCACGUCGAGAGACUCACUCGGCGCUCAACCUCCUCAAUCAAAGAAGCAAUACCGCUCGUCGAUUAUCUUUUCCGCUACGACCGUGGCGGUUUCUGGGUCGCUCGCUACGCAUACAAAUACUUCCUUACACCCUUCAACCGCAUGACGCGUUUUCUCCUGGAUUACUUCAUGCACACUCGCGUCAUGUACCUCGCUCUCCACCGCAGCGGUCUCGCCUCUUCUCACAUUAUCCAAGACGUUGCAAUCCCCUACACCGGAGCAGCGGAAUUCAUGGAAUAUCUAGACCAGGAAUUCAAACAAUAUCCAAUCUGGUUAUGUCCGCUCAAACAAAGCGGGAAGAACUCUACGCAUAGUUUGCAGACUAAUGCUAACAGAAUGAUGGGCCAGCAACUCCCGGAUCACGCGCUCAAUUUCGGUGUUUGGGGCCCGGGAUCUACUAAUAGACGGGAAUUUGUAUACUGGAAUCGUGCUUUCGAGAAGAAAGUUAGGAGUUUGGGGGGUCAGAAGUGGUUGUAUGCUCAUACCUAUUACACGGAAGAAGAGUUUAAUGAGAUUUAUGACCGUGAGGAGUACGAUUCUUUACGGAAGAAAUACCACGCCACGUACCUCCCUAGUGUCUAUGACAAGGUCAAGGUAGACGUGGAGAGUGAGGAGAAGGAAAAGAGAGAAAGUUGGAAAAUAUGGCUUUUGGCAAUUUUCUGGGGAGUAUGGCCGCUUGCGGGCUUAUAUGGCGUUUGGAAAGCUUUGUUGGGGGGAGACUAUCUUUUGCCUAGGAGGAGGAAGGGGAAGAAGGAAGUUUGA